CCCCCCGCCGGCGGCUCCGUGGCCGACUCGGUCCCCGGCUGGCGGAGCGGGCGCGCGCGUCGGGGGUCGCGCGGUGCCGAGUAGGACGAGCGCGCGCCGGGAGGGAGUGGAGGCGUCGGGGGGCGGGGGUACGGCUCGCUGGCUCGCAAGAUGGCGGACGAGGACGGGGAAGGGAUUCACCCCUCAGCCCCUCACAGGAACGGAGGCGGCGGCGGCGGUGGGGGGUCUGGGCUCCACUGCACCGGGAACGGCGGCGGGGGCGGCGGCGGCCCGCGGGUGGUGCGCAUCGUCAAGUCCGAGUCCGGCUACGGCUUCAACGUGCGGGGCCAAGUGAGCGAGGGCGGGCAACUGCGGAGCAUCAACGGCGAGCUGUACGCGCCGCUGCAGCAUGUGAGCGCCGUGCUGCCCGGGGGAGCGGCCGAUCGGGCCGGGGUGCGCAAGGGAGACCGCAUCCUGGAGGUGAACGGCGUGAAUGUUGAGGGGGCGACACACAAGCAGGUGGUGGACCUGAUCCGAGCAGGCGAGAAGGAGUUGAUCUUGACAGUGCUGUCUGUCCCUCCUCAUGAGGCAGAUAACCUAGAUCCCAGUGACGACUCGUUGGGACAAUCAUUUUAUGAUUACACAGAAAAGCAAGCAGUGCCCAUAUCGGUCCCCACAUACAAACAUGUGGAACAGAAUGGUGAGAAGUUUGUGGUAUACAAUGUUUACAUGGCAGGCAGGCAGCUGUGUUCUAAGCGGUACCGGGAGUUUGCCAUUCUCCACCAGAACCUGAAGAGAGAGUUUGCCAACUUCACAUUUCCUCGACUUCCAGGGAAAUGGCCCUUCUCAUUAUCAGAACAGCAAUUAGAUGCCCGACGUCGGGGGUUGGAAGAGUAUCUAGAAAAAGUAUGUUCAAUACGAGUCAUUGGUGAGAGCGACAUCAUGCAGGAAUUCCUGUCGGAAUCAGAUGAGAACUACAAUGGCGUGUCUGACGUUGAGCUGAGAGUAGCGUUGCCAGAUGGAACAACAGUGACAGUCAGGGUCAAAAAGAACAGCACUACAGACCAAGUGUAUCAGGCUAUUGCAGCAAAGGUUGGCAUGGACAGCACAACAGUGAAUUACUUUGCCUUAUUUGAAGUGAUCAAUCAUUCCUUUGUGCGCAAGCUGGCACCUAAUGAAUUUCCUCAUAAACUUUACGUCCAGAACUAUACAUCUGCCGUGCCAGGCACCUGCCUGACCAUUCGAAAGUGGCUUUUUACAACAGAAGAAGAAAUCCUCUUAAAUGACAAUGACCUUGCUGUUACAUACUUCUUUCAUCAGGCUGUCGAUGAUGUCAAGAAAGGUUACAUCAAAGCAGAAGAAAAGUCCUACCAAUUACAGAAGCUGUACGAACAGAGGAAAAUGGUCAUGUACCUCAACAUGCUAAGGACUUGUGAGGGCUACAAUGAAAUCAUCUUCCCCCACUGUGCCUGUGACUCCCGAAGGAAGGGACACGUUAUCACGGCCAUCAGCAUCACGCACUUUAAGCUGCAUGCCUGCACUGAGGAGGGACAGCUGGAGAACCAGGUGAUAGCAUUCGAAUGGGAUGAGAUGCAGCGAUGGGACACGGAUGAAGAAGGAAUGGCCUUCUGUUUUGAAUACGCACGGGGAGAGAAGAAGCCGCGAUGGGUGAAGAUCUUCACACCAUAUUUCAAUUACAUGCACGAAUGCUUUGAGAGGGUGUUCUGCGAGCUCAAGUGGAGAAAAGAGAACAUUUUCCAGAUGACGAGGUCACAGCAGAGGGAUGUAGCCACCUAGCCUUUCCUUGUCCCCUGCCCUUCCCUUCGCCCUCAUUUUCUCAUUCCCUUCAGCUCCCGUGUCAGAGUAACCAUUAACCGAGAAGAAGAGAAAUAGGAAAGAAAUCCCGAUGUCAAAGAGCCCUAAACUAAAUCUCAUUAAUAACCCCCUCCGAAGGUCACGUCUCUGGACUUGAGCAGCUGGUAGAGAACGACAGAUUGGCAGCACCACGAGUCCACCCGAGCUAAGACAGGCAAAGGAGGAAGGCGUCCUUGCCCUCCCGCCUGGGCCUCACACCCACAGACUCUCCUUGUACUAUAUUUUUAAAACUGGAACUAUGAACUUCAUCCAUUUGCACUGUUCAGACAUAUAUAUGUAUGUAUGUAAAAAUUAUAUAUACAUAAAUUAGCUGCACGUAUAUACAUAUAUAUAUUUCUUUUUAAAUUUCAUAUUGAUGGCAGUACCUUUUUUAGCUUGUGUUUUUACACACCUUUCACUAGAUAAUUCAUGACCUCUCUCUUGCUCUCUUUAUUUUGAAACAAACUUUAAAAAGAAAAAAAAAAAAUUACAGGGAAAAAUACCUCUCCUCACGAAGGACUCGAAAAGUUUACAACCUGCUGGGGUUCCCCCCACCACCACCACACUUUUUUUGUCUCGAGCGCAGAUUCGGGCCCACGGGUCACCGUAGAGUCCAAGGAGUAAGGGGCAUGGUUCCCUCGCCGGGCCAGAGGGUGCAGGGGAGGCGGGAGGCGCUUCCCGAGGCGGCCAGGCUCUGGAUGCCCGGCUCAGCCCCGUCCACGGCCCUCCAGCCGCAUCGUGCGUCAUCUCCUUCCUGCAUCCCAAAGGCCUCUGGGUUGCCGUCUCAGCUGGCCCAAGGUGGAGUCGAGGUGGGCUCAGGAGGUUGGUGCCUCAGGACCCCGUGGGAGAACAUGUCCCCGUGGCUGUUUCACAUGUCCCUGCCUUUUCUGCAGCAGGGAGGGUCUUAUGGACCAAAGUUAGAGCCAACACCUCAGGCACAAGGCUGGACAAAUACAGGGCAAAGGAAGGAAGAGAUGCCCUGCGUACAUGAGAUGAGGUUUUAACUAUGCCCAUCCCUGACCAGUAGCCACCUGUAACUAUUUACAUUUUUGUGACUUCCUUAGCCAGCAGUGUUGAGGAGGGAUCUGAUACCUGAUAAUAUCAUCAAGGCCUUAGGAAACUUGGAGCAAGGCCAUGUUCUGUGCCAGCCAAACCAUAGCCCCAGCGGAGGUCUCAGGAAGGAGCAGUGGGCACAUGGUUGAUCAGGAGUGAAUCUCCACCUUCUGGUUGCAGGGAGACUGAAGGAAAGCCUUCCUUUUCCCUUGAAAAGUUUCUUAUCUGAUCUUGCAGUUAGGCCUCUGAGACCCAACACCAAAUGCCCCUGUCAGAGGCCAGGACUGAUGGGGGCAGGGCAGCCCCUCAGCCGAGUGGCUGUUCCAGGACUGGCCAGGGCAGGGCAGUCCCCCAGCUGCAUGGCUGUUCCCGCAGGAGCACUAAGGCCCAGAGGCAACCAAACACAUCUUUGAUCCUUUUCUCCACCCUCGCCCAUUCUCCAGCUUCUAAACAAGAAGCGCCGUGCUGUGGUGUCUUGUGCUCUGUCUCGUCCGAGGGCAGUCCACGUGUGGCCGACUCCUAGAGCAGCACUGGGGUGGUUGAAAGUUUGUUUUUUUGUAGCUUGUUUGUGCCCAUCAUUGCAAGGCCAGCUUUCUACCACUCUUGCUCUGUCAUCCUGGCUGCUGCUGCUGCUGGCCCCAGGGAGGUGUGGCCCAGCGAGCGCAUCCUCCCACCCCCCCACGCACAGCCCCUCCAGCCCAGGUGGGACCCAGAGUGCGAAGCAUUGGACAGAGCACCGCGGCUUUCCAAUUGAUAAAAGUGAUGCGUGAAUUGAAGACUUUGACACAGAAUCAAUGCUUUCUUUUGGCUUAAAUGAAUUUAAUAAUGAGCCAAAGGACCCUGAAAAAGAAGAUAUAUUGAUUUUCCACUCCAAGAUGCUAAAGAGGCUUUCGGCACUGGCUUUGUUGAAGCUCUUAACGAUUGCAGCAAUUAGCUCCUACUGCCUGCUGGAGGGAGGGCAAGGAGCAAGCCUGAGGGUUCGGUCACAGUGGGUGCACGUGCGAGCCUCCAGCCAGGAGACCCAGGGGUUUGGAGGCCCCUGAGAGUGGACAGAUGGUGCUGGGUUCCCCUCCUGGUGUACCAUUCACUGGGUGCUUGGGCGAGGGGCGCCCUAGGUAGCUGGCCUCUUGGCAGAAUCUAGUAGCGGUAUUGGCUUGAGCCUGUCGCACUCAAGCAGCACCCAGCAGCAGUAAGGCAGUGGGGAGGAGGGAGCCCCAAAGGGGCGGCCCCUUCUCUUCUGGCCUGCUGCAAGCCCCCCAGUGGUGAUGUGGAGGUCGCUGUGGCUGGGCAGGGCCAUGGGAUCCCAACCCCCUUUGCAUGAAGCAGUGUCCUCUGUGACUCUCCUUCCUCCCCCCAGCCCCCAUCAUUCACUUCAGUCCUGGCUUCCCCCCAGGGAGGCUCCUACCCAGGUUUCUUCUGCAGUUUGUCCCUGAGAAAGGGGAACCCCCUGCGGAGUCAGCAUUAUCUUCCUGGUCUGCCGUGGCCAGUCCCUGCACGUGUGUUUCUAGUCUCUGUGGCCAAAGGCCGGAGCUGUUCACAUACCAGGAGGAAGCCCAGGUCGUGAGACACCUGCCCCUGCAGGAAGGGUCCCCUGGGCAGGGCUCCAGGCCCACCAUAUUUUGUAGUUUUAUUCUAGUCUCCAUUUUCUCCCCUCCCCUCGUCCCAGGCCUGAAUUCAGCACAGGUCACAUGUGUGUGCACACGUGCUCGGGACAGCUUCUAGGCCUGGCCAGAGCGCCCAGGGAGGAAUUGGAUGACUGUCCUAGUACCCUCCGACCUGGCCCAGUUGUCGCAUCCCUUAACUCCGCAGGCCAGUCGCUUUGGGUUCUGCCCUGCUAUAGUUCCAGCCCCAUUGCCUGGAGCAGCAGCAUGGGGUCCUGACAGGUGAUAGCAUCUGUCUGCAUGAGUUUGCCCACCGUGGGCCUGGCCCCCAGGAGGCAGUUGUAUGGGGGCCCGCCCCAUCCCCACCCGGUGAUUUGUCAUCUCUAGCUGGCAUGGACUCUGUGUACUCAUGGGUCCGCUCAGAGCAUGUGGUGUCCUACACCCUCCGCAUGCUACGGAUCCUUUGCCAGCCUCACCCGGGCAGGUCAGCCUCCCUUUGGAGGGAGGCCAUGUGGCUACAGGAAGGAGGUGGGGAGGAAGAGAGAACAGAGGCAGCAAGUGUGCUGUUGUUGCAGCACCCUGCCUUUCAGCUCUAUCUUCCUCAUCACCUACGCCCGAGCACAGCCAGCCAGGCCUCAUUCAUGCCGACAGCUGCAGCUCCGUUGCCACAGGCCGCGGGGUGAGCAGGCACAGAAGCCGCCAGGGCAGGGGCGCGGGCUGGGGCGCUUGCCCAGCUGCUAAACCAGGCACCGAUUGUCUGUCAUGCGCCUCUGGUAAGCCAAUGAACUGGGCUUCAGUUUUUCCCAGGCCAUACACACUUUUAAUUUAUUUGAGAGAAACUCUAAUUGUAUUUUCACUGCAGUAUCUUGUAUUUUUUAUUUGUGAUUUUAAGAAAUGUGAAACGAAAAUACACAGACACAUAAUGGCUAACAGUGUUUCUUUCAUUCCUUGUUCUAGAGCUAACCACUCUAAAAUUGUUUGGUAAUGUCACUUAGUGUAAUUAAUUGUAACAUAUUCUUUUAAAUAAAUUGAUUUAUUGA